CAUCGACCAAUCAGCGCAGUGUCACUUUAGACGCUUGUUUAUCGGCUGCUUCCGUGUUUUUUUUCUCAGUCUUGGGGAGGUUUUUGUCUGCUGAGGACUUUCCAAUCAUGUCAGCAGCUACACAGAUCAUGGGGACGGAUGCAGUCCCAACGCAGAGCUCCAUUGCAUCAACCACUAAUGGAAACUUUACUUCCCUGUGCCCAAAUGGGACUGAGUGGGUUUGGGUAGGUCUCGGAGAAUGUGCCCAAGAUGCCAGAGACAUGGCCAGCAUCUACGCAGGCCUCGUAUCCAUCCUCUGCUUCAUGGUGUCCUCCCUUCCGCAGUACCACAACUCUUGUAAAACAGGGAAUAUGGACAGUGCUAUUUCUAUUUGGUUCCUGCUGUUGUGGUUGGGAGGUGAUUCCUGCAAUCUGGUGGGCUCCUUCUUGGCAAACCAGCUUCCACUUCAGACGUACACGGCCAUUUAUUAUGUGGUAGCCGACUUGGUGAUGCUGGCCAUGUACUUUUACUACAAAAUAAGGAACAGAAUGAAUGACAACAGUACAAUUAUGAAUGCGGUUGCAGUAGUUUGCAUCCUGGGAUUCACUACAGGCCUCGCAAACCUCCCAGGGUUGGACACCCAACAGGAAAUGAUUCAUUCAGGGUUCAGGAGUCGCUCUUUGCUUGCAACCACAGACAAUAACCAUAUCAAGCCAUUUACCCCUAAAGAGAUUAUCGGGUUCUCCAUUGGCUCAGUGUCGUCGGUGCUCUACCUCUGUUCCAGACUUCCACAGAUGUACACUAACUACAAGAGGAAGUCCACAGAGGGGGUGUCUUACUUCCUGUUCGCACUGGUCAUCCUGGGAAACACCCUGUACGGCCUGAGUGUCCUGCUGAAGAACCCUGAUGACGGUAAUGGAGAGACAAGCUACCUGAUCCACCACCUGCCCUGGCUCAUCGGCAGCCUCGGCACCCUCUCCUUAGACAUCAUGAUCUCAUUCCAGUUCUUAAUUUACCGCAAACCUCAGCAGGUGGUCGACAGCACGAGUGACGAGAGGACGCCUCUGAUCAAGAGCUAAAGCAACCAACCAUGAGUGCACUAAAGGGACAUGAGCAGACACUCACUUCAAGUGAACCCUCAAAAUCAAACUUCAAACAUAAUCAGCAUGACCAAGUUGUACAUUUUAACUUUAUUGUAUGAUUGUAUUUAUUAUGCUCUUUUAUUAAUGUUUACUACGUUUUUAAAUGCAUGUGUUCUGUGAGAAGUGAAGCUCUUCACUCUGGGUCAGCUGCAGUGGUUCGUUUAAAGGUGCCUUUUAUGUUCAAGUUUUAAAGAUGCAUUUGAGGGUUUCGGAUGUCGUACAUGGACCAAAACUCUUAGUGCCAACGUGGACUCGUCCAGUUUUAAGGUCACAACGUCAAUUUAAGGCCGGGCCUUGUACAGUCGUCAAAAACCUGCUGGUAGGGUUUACCAGAUCACACAGAGGGUUCUGAAAAUGGUUUCUGUGUUUUUAAGUUGCCAAAUAUUUUGACGGUUAUGACACUAACCACUACACAAAGCCCGGUCUCAUCUUGUUUACGGUGUUCAGUCAUAGCUCCUUCAAUCUUUUGUUUUUGGGGGCCUCAGUGAUGUGUCUCAUAUAUCAUACAUGUUUUUGCAAAUAUUUGCAAUUGUAAAUUGUAUUUAGUCGAUUUUGAAGUACUGUAAUCAACAUCAAUGUUUGAGCAUGGAUCUUUUUGGUGCAUUUUAGAUAUCUUUUUAAUUAAAGUCAUACUAUUUUAUUGUUUUCUAAUACAGACUCUUGACCAGUUUUGUUUGCACUGGUGAUAAGACAGAUUUUCACUACCAUGUUUAAUUCUUAAAUGUUCCUUUUUCAUUCUCAUCAUUUUGCACAACAACAGUUUGUUUUGUACUUUGACAAAUAUGAAAUUUGUUCAUUUGGUCAGUGUGCUGUAAAGAUGAAUAAAAUGUAAGAUGUCUGUAUAUUCUGAUUUUAGAUAAAGUGAUUUGGUCUCGUAAGAAACAAAA